GUUGACGUUGCUCCAUCUGGUUGUUGGUAGCCCAAGGUGGGUAGGACCCAGCAAGUAUAGGACAGAUUAUGCCUGCUCUCCCCCCUGGCAUUCCUCGGCUAUAUUUAGGAAGUUUAUAUCAGUGCAGCUGUCCCCUGACUGGAGCUGCAGCGUUGGGGAAAUUGACUCAUAGGCCUGCUCUCACAUUUCACCGCCUCGCUUCGCUCUCUCUAGUCCUCUCUCUGCGUUAGCCGGAAAGCUCUGCCUGUCUCACCCUCUUUCUUCUCCUCUAAGGUUCCUUUUUCCCGGGCUGCGGUAAGGUGCAAAUAACCAUCUAACUUGGACGAUUGCUCUGCUGUGACCCCAGAGUUCUGAUCGCCACCAGUUUUACAAACUUUCACUAUUUUAGACGAAAUAAACUUGGCAGACAUUAGGUAUUGUAAUCAGGCCCAGAUUGUAGACGUGGGCUAUUCUUAGACCUGGCUCUUAUCUAUGGCAGGCCCAUGUGUAAUUCCAGAACAGACUGCAUUUUAGGAAGACAAGCCAAUCAGAUUAGGACCCAGCAGCUCAUGACUACCUUGCCAUGGCUUUUUCCUCACGCUUUGCAUUCUGGGAGCAAAAGGUCAAGGAUGAAGACAAACCGCUAGGAAAGAAAAAUGGUAGCCAGAAUGGAACUUCUGACAAUUCAGAACCAGGGAGUGAGCAGGAAACCUCUAGUAGUCCCUCAUCUCCAAGGAAUUCAUUGUCUCCAAAUCCACUGCGAGCAAAAAGUCCAGAUCCAAGACAAAGUCCAUUCAGGGUGAAGAGUCCAGAAAGGCCUCUGAGUUCUGCAAGGGUAAGUAGCCCUGGACCAGUACUAAAUGGUGAUGCAAAACAGCUUGCAGACAAACCAGCUGAUACUAUGCUGAGGAAAGGAGGAAGUGAAAAGUCCCUGAAUGCAGAUAAUGAAGCAGGUGGUACAAAAAAGAAGGUGGUAAAGGUGGUGAGAAAGAUGGUUAGGAAAGUCAUUCCACAAGAAGAUGCAGGCAGCAAAAGUGACCAAGCUCGUGGACACAGUUUGGACUCCACUAAUGAGGAAAAACGUCAAUCUCCUGUACCUCCUGCCACUCAAAAAACCGGAGCUAAAAAGGAGGGGCCACAAAAGGAUGAUCUUUCAGUGGGUCUCACAAGCCUUAUGUCUAGAGGUAGAACGAAAGAACAUAAACAGAGGUUUAAGCUCCCUGAGAAGAAAGUGGAACCUGUUGGCGAAAAGGUGCCUCCACCCACUUCUCCUGUUGAAAAAACACCCGAGAUGCCCACCUCUCCUGUUCCUGUGGAAGAGAAGACCAUUAAUGAAAGUCACCAGGCUACAACGACCGUCACUGAUUUAUCUAUUAAAGCUCCACAGAAGAGUAGUGAAGGACUUGCAUCAGAGGCCCCAAGUACUGUUAUCCAACGGACACCAUCAGACGAAGCACAGAAUCGCCUGGAAAGGAUCUUCAUGGCAUCUCUGGAACCAGCAGCCUCUAGCUCUUCUCCUCAGAACCAGUCGUCCUCACAUGGUGCCACGGAAGAUGCCCCAGCUUCGCCUCUGAGCUCACCCGGUGCUCUGCCUCAGGCAAAGACAGAGGAGCAGAUCUCUGCUGAGCAGAACUGGUAUGAGACCGAGAAAGUGUGGCUGGUUCACAAAGAAGGAUUCUCUCUUGCAAAUAAACUGAAUGCUGAAAAUGGCAAUCUACCUGAAGGAAAAGAAAAAAUUAAACUGGAGCAUGAUGGGAGUAUACUGGACGUGGAUGAAGAUGACAUUGAAAAGGCAAAUCCUCCAUCCCAUGAUCGAGUGGAAGACUUGGCAUCGCUGGUUUACCUGAAUGAGGCUAGUGUACUGCAUACUUUACGGCAACGCUAUGGAGGCAACCUGAUACAUACCUAUGCUGGACCUGCCAUGGUCAUCAUGAAUCCCAUGAGUUCACCUUCUAUAUAUUCUGAGAAGGUGAUGCAUAUGUUCAAAGGAUGUCGAAGGGAAGACACAUCUCCUCAUAUUUACGGCGUGGCCCAAGCUGCAUACUGGAAUAUGCUCAUGACUCGCCAGGACCAGUCAAUUGUCUUACUGGGAAGUAGUGGUUCUGGCAAGACCACAAGCUGUCAGCAUCUUAUCCAAUAUCUGGCUACUGUGUCCGGCAGCACAGGAAAGAUUCUGUCAGCUGAGAAGUGGCAAGCCGUGUACACGAUCUUGGAGGCUUUCGGCAACAGCAGUACCAACUUGAACGGAAAUGCCACGCGCUUUUCACAGAUCAUUUCUCUUGACUUUGACCAGGCUGGACAGGUGGCAUCUGCUUCCAUACAGACGAUGCUUUUGGAGAAACUCCGAGUGGCCAGACGUCCAGAAAAUGAAGCUUCCUUCAAUAGUUUUUACUACCUCUUGGCUGGAGCGGACAGCACUCUCCGGACAGAGCUUCACCUCAAUCACUUUGCAGAAAACAACGUGUUUGGUAUUACCCUCAAUUCCAAGGCUGAAGACAAGCAGAAGUCAGCACAGUUAUUCAGCAAACUACAGGCUGCUAUGAAGAUCCUGGGAAUCUCUGGUGAUGAGCAAAAGGUCUGCUGGUUAAUUCUUGGAGCCAUUUACCACCUAGGGGCAGCUGGAGCUACCAAAGAAGCAGAUGAAGGUGGCAGGAAGCAAUUUGCACGCCACGAAUGGGCACAGAAAGCUGCGUAUCUCCUGGGCUGUUCACUGGAAGAACUCUCCUCAUCCAUAUUCAAACACCAAUCUAAAACCAGCACCAUUCAAAAGUCAACCUCUUUCCGCCAAGGACUCGAUGAUGCCAGCCAAGAAGGUGGUUCUGGUCCCAAAUUGUCUGCCUUGGAAUGUCUGGAAGGCAUGGCCUCUGGAUUGUACUCGGAGCUUUUCACUUUACUCAUCUCGCUGCUUAACAGAGCCUUGAAAUCCAGCCAGCACUCCCUUUGCUCAAUUAUGAUUGUGGACACCCCCGGCUUUCAGAAUCCAGAGCUGGUGAAACAAGGGCGAGCUGCUACCUUUGAGGAACUUUGCCAUAACUAUGCACAGGAGAGACUGCAGGCCCUUUUCCACGAGAAAACCUUUGCACAGGAAUUAGAGCGUUACAAGGAGGAAAAUAUAGAGCUUGCUUUAGAUGAAAUAGAGUCCAGUACAUCUGGCUCAGUAGCUGCUGUAGACCAAACUUCGCAUCAAUCACUGGUAAGGACCCUUGCAAGAACUGACGAGGCCAGAGGUCUGCUGUGGUUGCUGGAGGAAGAGGCCUUGCAGCCUGGCGGAAAUGAGGACACCUUAUUGGAGCGUCUAUUUACUUACUAUGGACCACAGGAAGGAGAGCAUCCUGGUAAGAAACCAUUGCUCCGAAGCAAUAAGGAACGGCAUUUCUUGCUGGGACACAGCUACGGAACGAAUUGGGUGGAGUACAACGCCUCAGGCUGGUUGAACUAUGUGAAACAGAACCCUGCCUCUCAAAAUGCUGCUUCUUUACUGCAAGACUCACAAAAGAAGAUAAUUAGCAGCUUAUUUGCUGGUAGAACAGGCACAGCGACGGUCUUGUCGGGUUCAGUGGCUGGUCUAGAAGGAGGAUCCCAGCUGGCCCUGCGGAGAGCCACCAGCAUGAGAAAGACAUUCACUACAGGCGUGGCAGCUGUCAAGAAGAAGUCUCUAUGUAUCCAAAUUAAACUUCAAGUGGAUGGUCUUAUUGACACCAUUAAAAGGUCGAAAAUCCACUUUGUCUACUGCUUUGUACCCAAAGUAGAAGCGUUUAGUAGCGAUGCACGACUCGUCCCAGCUGCCAGAGUUGGCUCCAGCGAAUCAGACCUAUCCGGGGAGCGAUGUGACGCAGAGCUUAUGCAGGUUGAUGUCCCACUUUUGCGGGCUCAGCUUCGGGGGUCACGCCUUAUGGAUGCUUUACACAUGUACAGACAAGGAUACCCUGAUCACAUGGUAUUCUGUGAGUUCCGACGCAAGUUUGAUGUAUUGGCUCCUCAACUGACCAAAAAGCAUGGGCGUAAUUACAUUGUGACAGAUGAGAAAAGGGCUGUAGAAGAACUUUUAGAAUCUCUGGACCUUGAGAAGAGCAGUUAUCACAUGGGUCUGAGCAGGGUUUUCUUCCGAGCUGGCACCUUGACAAAGCUUGAGGAACAGAGGGAUGAGCAAACUCGUAAAAACCUCAUAUUAUUCCAGGCUGCAUGCAGAGGUUACCUGGCACGACAGCAGUUCAAAAAGAGAAAGAUUCAACAGCUUGCAAUCCGCUGCAUCCAGAAGAACAUCAAAAAGAACAAGGGGGUAAAGGGUUGGCCCUGGUGGAAGCUUAUCAGCACUGUCCGGCCUCUUAUACAGGUGCAGCUGACCGAGGACCAAAUCCGAGGCAAAGACGAAGAGAUACAACAACUAAAAAGCAGGUUCGAGAAAGUUGAGAAGGAGAGGAAUGAAUUGAGAUUGAACACCGACCGUCUAGAGAGCAGGAUCACAGAGCUGAAUUCUGAGCUUACAGACGAAAGAAACACAGGAGAAUCUGCCUCCCAGCUAUUGGAGACCGAGACCGCCGAUAGACUGCGGGUGGAAAAAGACAUGAAGGAUCUUCAGGCCAAAUAUGAUGCUCUUAAGAAACAAAUGGAAUCCAUGGAAGUAGAGGUAAUGGAAGCUAGGCUGAUCCGAGCUGCUGAACUGAACGGAGAGAUGGAUGACGAUGACUCUGGUGGAGAAUGGCGGCUAAAAUAUGAGCGAUCUUUGCGUGAAAUAGAUUUUACGAAGAAACGUAUGCAUCAGGAGUUUGAGGACAAGCUGGAAGUGGAACAGCAGAGCAAAAGGCAGCUGGAAAGGAGGCUGGGAGAUUUGCAGGCAGAUAAUGAAGAGACGCAGAGAACAUUGCAACAAUUAAAGAAGAAAUGUCAGCGUCUAACGGCUGAGCUACAAGACACCAAGCUUCAUCUAGAGGGUCACCAGGGGCGCAACCAUGAGCUUGAGAAGAAACAGCGUAGGUUUGACUCUGAGCUAACACAGGCUCAAGAAGAGGCACAGAGGGAAAAGGUUAUAAAGGAGAAACUGAGCAGAGAAAAGGAUAUGCUCACCUCCGAGGUGUUCAGCCUCCGACAACAGCUGGAAGAGAAAGACUCUGAGAUCAUUGUCUUGACACACAAGGUUGGUGAGUUGGAGGCUGAACUUCAGGACCUCUCAUCACAGGAGUCCAAGGAUGAAGCUUCUCUAUCAAAGGUCAAGAAACAACUGCGAGAUUUAGAGGCCAAAGUUAAAGACCAAGAGGAAGAACUUGAUGAACAGGCUGGAUCCAUACAAAUGCUGGAGCAGUCCAAACUGCGUUUGGAGAUGGAGAUGGAACGGCUUCGGCAGUCGCACUCUAAGGAAUUGGAGAACAAAGAUGAUGAAGUGGAAGAGAUUCGACAGUCUUGUCAGAAAAAGCUGAAACAGAUGGAAGUUCAAUUAGAGGAGGAAUAUGAGGACAAACAGAAGGUGCUAAGAGAGAAGAGAGAUCUGGAGAGCAGAUUAAAUUCCGUUAGUGAACAGGUUAGCCAUCGUGACUUUGAGACUGAGAAACGUCUGAGAAAAGAUCUGAAGAGAACCAAAGCUCUGCUUGCUGAUGCUCAGAUUAUGCUGGACCACUUAAAGAACAAUGCUCCCAGCAAGCGUGAGAUUGCCCAGUUAAGGAGCCAGCUGGAGGAGUCUGAAUUUACCAGUGCUGCAGCAGUAAAGGCUCGGAAGUCUAUGGAAGCCGAAAUUGAAGAUCUCCAUCUUCAAAUUGAUGAUAUUUCCAAAGCUAAGACAGCGCUGGAGGAGCAAGUUAGCCGCCUGCAGAGAGAGAAGAAUGAGCUACAAAGCAGAAUGGAGGAAGAUCAGGAGGACAUGAAUGAGCUGAUGAAAAAACAAAAGGCAGCAGUGGCUCAGGCCUCCCGAGACCUGGCGCAGAUCAAUGACCUGCAUACUCAGCUGGAGGAAGCCAGUAAAGAGAGGCAAGAGGUGCAGGAAAAGUUACAAGGCUUGCAGAGUCAGCUGGAGUUCCUGGAGCAGUCUAUGGUGGAUAAAUCUGUAGUAAGCAGACAAGAGGCCAAAAUUCGAGAACUGGAAACACGGCUGGAAUUUGAGAGAACACAAGUGAAGCGCAUGGAGAGUUUGGUUACCCGGUUAAAAGAAAACAUAGAGAAGCUGACAGAAGAGCGAGAUCAGCGAGCCGCUGCAGAGAACCGCGAGAAGGAGCAAAAUAAAAGGAUACAGCGACAGAUCAGGGACACGAAAGAGGAAAUGGGAGAACUGGCCAAAAAAGAGGCAGAAGCCAGCCGCAAAAGACAUGAACUGGAGAUGGAUCUGGAGAGCUUGGAAGCUGCAAAUCAGAGUUUGCAAUCAGAUCUGAAACUUGCUUUUAAGCGCAUUGGAGAUCUUCAAGCCGCCAUAGAAGACGAGAUGGAGAGUGAUGAUAAUGAAGACCUCAUUAACAGUCUACAGGACAUGGUGACCAAGUAUCAUAAACGCAAGAAUAAAAACGACGGAGAUUCAGAUGCAGAUUCCGAUCUUGACGAACGAGUGGAUGGUGUAAAGUCCUGGCUGUCUAAGAACAAAGGUUCUUCCAAAGCCUUCUCAGAUGAUGGCAGUUUAAAGAGCUCAAGACCUAGCCAAAGUACAGACUUAAAAGAAGGAAAGGAAGCCAAGCCAGUCAAACAAGGGAAAGAGUUGGAGGAGAGGCCAAUGUCUGUAAUGAGUUCCCUGAGUUAUAGAAAGAGAGCAGUUACUAAAGACUCCAUAGGCGGUAAAGGUGAUGAGGAUUCACUGUUCUCAACACUGAAAGAGAGGCCUGAGUCCCCAGAGAGAUCUUUCCGUAAGGCUCCAAAAGAUUCUGCAGGAAGCGUUCUUGAUGACGCAUUAUCAGUGAGUUCAUGGAGAAAAUCUCAAGGCAGUGAAGACUUGGACGAUCGCUCAUCUCUGGUUUCUCAAGCAUUUACCGAGGCAUCUAGUAGGGCAAGAAAAGGACUUGACAAGAGGUGGUCAAUUGCAAGUCCUGACUUUGAUAAAGUUUCUGUUGUAUCCAGUCGUCUAUCUAGUAGACGGGGUUUGGAAGAUGAAGAUGACACAAAAUCAACUCUGAGCUUUGGUAUUACAAGUCCUUCAAGUCUAAGACGUAGUACUUCCAAAUUAGAGGAGACGCGUAAUGGUUUGUCAGCUGUAAGUCCCUCACUUAGUAGGCGUUCUGACUUUAGCCUGGAAAGCCCUACUCGCGGAAGCCGAUCAGACACUCGAAUGUCUAUGGCCAGAAGCACUUUAGAUGAUUUUGAUGACUCUGUUAGUGUUGGAUUUAGUGAUACUCGCUCUUUGUACAGUCAGCAUUCUGGGCGUAGUUUUUCUGUACCUCCCCAAGCAAGAACACCAGGCGCAGAUGAUAAUGAGCUGGAAAGCAGAGAUCUUCAGCCAGUGUCUCAUCGCAAUUACUUAGAUCCAGAUCUUGAGGCUGCAAUCAAUGAGGUCCUAAGCUAUAAGCCUAUAAAGUUCAAGAGAAAGAGUUUUGAUCCUGAUUCUGAUGAUGAUGAUUCAAAAAGUGUACAAAGUGUAAAAAGCUUGCACCGAGAAAAAGGAGAAUCAUCCUCUGGACUCAAGAGGUCAGCUUCAGCUAUGGAAUUCUCUCGAGCACCAAGCAGGAAAAGUAGAGCUAAAAAAAGUAGCUCUGACUCAGAAUCUGAGGACAAUCGCAAAAAGAAGAGUUCUAAAAAGCGCUCCAAGAAAUCCAAGAAGAAGUCAAAGAAGAAAGAAUCUGAAUCAUCAUCAUCAUCAUCUUCAUCAUCUGAGUCUGACUCCUCGUCUGGUUCUACAGUAUCAUACCGUAGUGGAGGUAGUGUGAAAAAAGGGCCGAAAAAAAGGGACCUAGAUGAAGAAGAACUUCAAGGUGACACAAAAGAUGAGAAAAACAGUAAGCAGGCAAAGAAGGAGGAUAAGAAGAGGAAGAAGAAGGUUGACAGUCUGAUGAUGAAAUAUUUAUACCGGCCAGAAAGUGAUUAAUGCACCCCCCAUCCUAUAGGAAACCAUUAAGUUAUGAUGACGAGCGGGACAAUUUUGAAAGUACAUAUCAAUCUAAAUAUUCCCCUCGGAGCU